CGUGAUCUUACGACCGAAGCCAAACAGGGGUGGAUUUGGCGUUGACAAACGGACAGGCGACACACGACUCGCCCGGCACAUUCCGUAAUGCCCGGGAUACGACCCAGAGCAAUCAAGCGGAAGGCAAACGAUAGCCUUGCAGGCUCCAAGGCAAAAGGGCCGGUCAAGCUCCAGCGCACGACGUUGGAUGCGUUCUUUGCCCCACGACAGACAGCACCUGACAUUGCUGCUGGGAAUGGAGAAAAUACCACAGCGGAGAAGCCUCUGUCCAACAACUUGCCAACACCGAAAAGAAUAAGCGGCGGGAGCGAUGUCGGUCUCAGCGCUGAGCAAGAAGCAGUGUUGCGGAUGGUUGUGAAUGACGGGAGGAACAUAUUCUUCACUGGCUCGGCAGGCACGGGCAAAUCUUUGCUUUUGAGAGCCAUCAUCGAGGCUCUGCGGGAGAAAUAUGCCAACAAGGCAGACUCUCUGGCCAUUUGCGCCAGCACCGGCAUGGCUGCGCAGAACAUUGGUGGAACGACAUUGCACGCCUGGGGUGCUAUCACGCCUGGCGUCUUCGACGUAGAGAAGCAAAUCAGCUACAUCAAGACAUGCAGGCCCGCCCACCGGCGGUGGAAGGCAGUCAAGGUCCUGGUUAUCGACGAAGUGUCUAUGGUCGACGGCCAGCUUUUCAACCUCUUGGCCGCCCUCUCAACCACACUCCGCCGAAAGACAGAGAGGCCGUUUGGAGGAAUCCAAAUUGUUGUCACGGGUGACUUCUUCCAGCUGCCACCUGUCACUCAGGGCGGAAAGGAUGUGUUCUUUGCGUUCCAAAGUGAUGCGUGGAAAGAGAGCAUCGAGCGAACCGUGACGCUCACUCAAGUUUUUCGUCAGAAGGAUAGUGACUUCGUCAAUCUUCUCAAUGAGCUUCGCCGCGGUGAGAUCCCCCCAGCAACACAAAGAGUCCUGGCCGGCCUCUCCAGACCCCUCCCACAAGACGACGGCAUCCUCCCCACCCAGCUGUUCCCCCUGCGAACCGAGGUCGACCGCGCCAACGCGUCCCGUCUCGCCGCCCUCGGCGGCCCCAUGCACACAUUUGUGGCGCGGGACUCGGGGUCCGCGGAGCCAGGCAAGAGGCAGAGACUUCUCGACAACAUGAUGGCCGUCGGGGUGCUAGAGCUCAAGCGGGAGGCGCAGGUGAUGCUGGUCAAGAACGUCAGCGAGACGCUCGUGAACGGCAGCGUGGGCAAGGUGCUCGGGUUUAGCGCGCCGGCUGAUGGGGGCGGUGGUGAAAACAGCAACAACAAUAACAAGAAGUCGUACCAGGGCAGUGGCGCUGGUGUUGAGUUGCUGCCGCUGGUUGAGUUCAGCACGUUUCGGGGCAAGGAGACGAUGCUCGUGGCCCGUGAUGAGUUUCGGGCUGAGGACAGUGAGGGCAAAUUACUUGCGAGGCGGGUACAGGUUCCGCUCGUCCUGGCAUGGGCUGUAUCAAUCCAUAAGGCACAAGGCCAGACAAUCCAGCGGGUCAAGGUCGAUUUGAGCAAGGUGUUUGAAAAGGGUCAAAGCUAUGUAGCCUUGUCUCGGGCUUCCAGCAUGGCAGGGCUCCAGGUCAUCGGCUUCGAUGCGAGGAAGGUGAAAGCACAUCCUCAGGUUGUGGAGUGGAGCAGAGGCCUAGAGCAGGCAUCAUAAGCCCGUCGCUAGUUGCUUGUUUCAGCAAAUUUGAGGCUGGGACUUGUUCGUGAAGUCUGUGAAGAAUAGAACAGAUGAUUCAUCUGUACAUAUACAGUAGCUCUCGUCUUGAAGUGCAUCAAUUGUGUUGUAUGUGA